AUGAUCACAUCACCCAAGAUAUCGGUGCUCUCUGUAGACAAUAGUGGUAGUAGUAGUAGUAGUAGUGGUAGUACUGGUGAUGCCUGUAAUGACAAAACUAAUACUAGAUUUAGUGAUAAUAAUAAUGAUAUUAAAGUACAGACUGAUUCAAAAGUGUUGAACAAUGAAUUUGAAGAUAUACUGGAAAAAUCCAGAAAAGUUUCCGAAAUAUUACAAUCAAAGUAUUGGGAAUAUUCCCAAAAUUCUCAACAAUUAUUUGUCGAAUUUGCCGAUAAUUUUGGCAAAUAUUUACUACAAUUUGUUCAAUUGGUUAAACAAAUCAAUCAAUAUCUCAAUGAUAAUCAACAUAUACUACUAUUACAGGAAAAUAUUGUUCAAACUAGUAGUAGUAGUACUGAUAAUAAUAUGAUAACAUAUUUAGAGGAACUGUGUAUAGUAAAUGACAUACCUGUGCCCGAUAAUAGUAAUAAUAGCAGCAAUAAUGAGGACAGUAUUGUUGAUCGGAUAAAGCAUAGGAUAUCCCAUAUUAUAUCAAGUAAUUUGCGAUUGACUGGCGAUACCAAUCAGCUCCGGGAACGGUUGGCUGCCGAUGAAGACUAUAUUAUGGAACUAAUCGAAUUGAUCGGUGAUAUUGAAGUGGAACUGGAGUUAUUGGGUAGGGAUGAGCGCAGUAUUGAACGUGUUGUCGACAAAUUUAGCCAACGAUACGAUUGUCUAUACAACUAUCGACUACCGGAGUAUUCCCAGUAUUUUGAAGCCUUGAAAAACAGUGUCGUCCAGUCAUAUCGUAAUCAAUUGAAAUGGUGUCACCAAUUAAAUACUAGUAGUAGUAGUAGUAAAAUAACUACCAGUGCUGCCGUCAAUGACAUUGUUGGCCUAUCACUUAAUAAGGACGGCAUCUUAUCCUCCAAUGAUGAUCAGCUCAUACCUGAUGUUUUCAGCGAAGACACUGGUGGUAGUGGUCGGCAACAUGUGAUGAUGACAAGCGAUGACAUAGCCAUUAGCCAUAACCAACCAAACAGUCCAUUAGUUAGAAAGGAAAGGGAUGUCCAGUUAGAUGCUAACGAUUAUGACGACAAAGUGAUGGACAGUCCGACUACUGAUGGCGGAGGAGGCGAUCAUCACUUUGACAUCGAAACACUCAACUAUAUACUAAUGGCUAAUCCGUUUAGUUUGAAAUCACAUCUGGAAGUGGUUGAAGAGGUCGAGGAAGAGGAGGAGGAAGAGGAGGAGGAAGGGGUGGUUGAGGAGGAACUGGAGAUUGAAGAUAAAAUGGCUGACUAUAGCAAUGCCAACGACUCUGUAGACAACGAUUAUGACUACGACGACAACGACGACGACGAAGUUUUUGAAGAUAAUCCCAAUAAUAAUAAUAAUAAUGACAUUCAAUUGAAAACUGCAGAAAAUAUCUGCAUUAAUAAUACCACUAAUAUUAUUGAUGAUAAUAAUGAUGAUAUAAAUUUAUAUGCAAUUGUCGAACAAUUGCUUAAUGAUAUUAUAGAUAAAAUAGUUGCCGAUAUUACUACUAGUGAUAUACAUGACAGUGAUGGCCAUAGACUAGUAGAUAAUACUACUGAUAGUCAUAAUCAUGAUUGCAUUGAUGAUAAACAAUCGCUAUCUCAAUCAUCAUCGGCGACGACAGUGUCCGAUCGUCAUCAUCACCGACACAGCAGGUCUAUCAGCGAUGAUGACAAUGACAACGACAAUACCAAACAACAACAACAGUCGCCAAUUGAUUCAGAUUUUGUCUCAUCCGAAGACAACAUCAUUAUUAUCAAUAGUCAGCCAACAAGUCCUGUAAUGAUAAUGUCUGGCAAACAGUCGACUAUUGGUGGCCAACAAUCCGAUGCAAUCAUAAUUCAAGAUAGUCAACAACCUACACAACAACUAUACCAACAAACUAUUGAUAAUACUAUUGAUAAUAAUAACAUAAUUACUGGUACAGACACUACUACUAGUACUACUACUACUAACAGUUUUAAGGAACAGUAUCUGAAUGAUGAGCUGAGAGCCUGGAGGGAACUGGUCGAACAACAACGUGGACUAAUGGAAAAAAUUAGGUCAGAGCUAGAUAUACAACAAUCGGCUAAUCGGGAUAAAGAUAAAACAAUAGCACUGUUACGUCAAUCGCUAAGUAAUUCAGUAGAUAUUUCAGAUAAUAAUAAUAACAAUAAUAUGAAUAAUUCCCGGGAAUAUUCCCAGAAAAAUUUGAGCAAAAUUUCCGGUAAUAAUAAUGAGGAUGAUAUAGAUAGUUGUGCUACUGAUAUGGAUCUAAGUUUAUUAUCAUCAUCAUCUAGUACUACAACAACAAUAAGUGAUAUGAACUUGGACAAUUUAUUUAAUAAUGAUCAUGGUCAAUUAUCUCAUAAAUUAGAUUCACAAAAUUCACUAGCUACAAUUGAAACAAUCAAUGAUGAUGAUGAUGAUUUAGUAAUAAUAAUAGUCAACUAA